UAAUAUCAUCGUGUAUAGCGGCGUGGAGCAGGACAGCUGCCGGCUUCUCCCUCUCCAUCGUUUGUUCCUAAUUGUUGACUUUCUACCGGCGCUCGCGACACUCGUCGAAGUGAACGUCACUUCCGCGAGGACCCUCGACGAGCGUUAUCGACGCUGUUGUGCCGUCUGCUCUUCGUAUACCUCGCACUCUGAGACCUACUGCCGAAGUGCGGGCGACGGCGAGGACCUUGCAAGUGCGCCGAUCAUGAAGGGGUUGGUUGUGGCGCUGUUGCUCUGCGCGGCCGUCUUCUGCGCGCUGCUGCAGAGAUCGGAGUGUCUCUUUAAGAAGCAGAAGUGCGGGAAGAUCAUAGCCAGCAAAUUUACCAACUUCUUCGGUCGCACGCCGUACUGCUCUUACUUCUGCCGAUCGUUUCCCCCGAAGAUGGAGCGCGAGACGGACGGGACACCUUGCUGGAGCUUUCGUGGGAAAGGCACCUGCCAAGGCGGACGAUGCACAACGGGCGCUCGGAGACGUGUCACAACUGUUCGACCCCUGCCUCCACGCCCGAAGUCUUCUGUCUAGUGGCUGACCGUUGGACGACGGCUCAGCUGUGGCACGCGCGCUAACCUCCUCGCUCCUGAUUCGAACAACGUCGUCAAAAAAACUGACGCCUCGACCUGUCCAGUUGAUUACACAUUAUUUCGGCACCACAAUGACUCUAAAGAAGGAAAAGAAGAACAAUACUAUAGCCCAAGUUCAGCUUGGAGCUUGUAGUAGGUAUUUUGAAGCAGGACGAUGGGACUUGGGCAGAAAACCCGCAUCAGGACUAGCGCAGACUGCCAGCUAAAUUUUAUUACAAAAAGCACCAGUCAUAUUUAUAGCCAUGUUGAAAACACCAAGAAAACAAUCCAGUUUGACAGUCAUGCGCGCAAGGUGGCGCCACAGCUAUAUACAAGUGUUCAUCUAAAUAUUGUAUCUUUUGUAUAAGUUGGUUUAAAGUGACGCCGCGCUGAGACACUUAUCUUUGGUUUUGCCUACACAGCAGUUUUUUUAUCGGCUUUUUUUUUUACUUCUUCAGGAAGAUGGUGCCAGCAGUUGAGUGCAUUUGCUUUUAUUACAGUGAGCCUGCUAAAUGAGUGGUAUCAUAUUUCAUGCUAGAUCUUUAGCACUUCAUUUGGUCUAUAAAGUGAGCUAUAUCGCUUAACAGUUUUAUUUUACAGUCCAUGUGAAGUCAUCCGACAAAGUGAUAACGCUGUGUACUUUCUUGAAUACAAAUAAAUGAGAGCUUUGACACUUGUA